AUGAACGACCGCAUCCCGCUCCCAGCCGACACCAACGUGGUCCCGCCUCGCUACCGCCCCAUCAUCAUUCGGGAGUGGGCCUCUCGCUUUCCAACCUACUACGCCGAAUUUGAGGAGCUUCACUGGACGUUUGACGGUUGGGACGCGCUGGCGGACGAGCUGCACGCCGACUGGCUUUACUACAUCACCGCGGCGACGCGAGUGCGGGCCAAGAUUGACGAGUUGUGGAAGGGCAAGACGACUUUCGCCAGCUCGGCGGAGCGGACAAGAUACAAGAAGUGGCUGUACGAGGAGAGCGAUAGGCUGUACGAGGAGGGUGGCCGACUGGAGGAACGGUUGCAGGGGCCAGGCGGUCUCGGCCUUCUGAGACGGCGAUUCCUCAAGCUUCAUCAAGAACUCGAUCGCGGGAGUCGCCUGAGCGGCUUGCCCUCGUUGAGCGGCAAGUCGCUACUUGCAUCUGCCGUUGCGGCCGCGAAGACUCUGGCUUCGAAGAUCGCAAUCCCUUCUGACGAGCUGGCCAACACGGCGGUGCCCCUUCUUGCUGACGCAGCCGAACCGCAGGCCGAACGCGCUGCGCCGGAGGACCGAAUUUCGCUCCCAGCUGACACCAACGUAAUCCCGCCUCGCUACCGCCCCAUUAUCAGUCGGGAAUGGGCGGUCGACUAUCCCACCUACUACGCCGAGUUCGAGGAGCUUUACUGGAUCUUCAAUGGCUGGGAUGCGUUGGCGGACGAGCUGUACGCCGACUGGCUGCUCUACAUGGCGGAGGCGAAACGCGUUCGAGCCGAGAUCGAGGAGAUGUGGAAGGGGAGGAAGACGUUCGCCGAGGCUGCGAGGCAGGCCGCGCACGAGACGUGGUUGUACAGGGAGAACAAGCGUCUGUAUGAUUCGGGAGGCAAGCUCAAGGAGCGGCUGGAGGGUCCGGGCGGUGAGCUUCUCGACAAUCCUUUCCGAAGGUUUCCUCACCAUUCGUCACGCGCUGGACUAUGCCUCCUCAGGCGACGGUUCCUCAAGCUCUAUCCAGACCUCGACCGCGGGAGCUACCUCAGUGGCUUGCCCUCUUUGAGCGACAAAUCGCUACUUUCGGCUGCUUUCCGUUCAGUCACCUCCUUAGCAUCUCAAGCUCUUGGUGCGCAUGGCCAGUCCUACGACCUAUAA